CAAAGAAAGCUACCAGUGUUCAGCAUGAGCAAGAUAGUCUAACUCAUGUAUUCCAGGUGCUUGAGACAAGGAUCAUCACAUUUGUGAAGAAUGAGCUGGGAAGAUUUAAGAUGAUUCUUAGUCCAGAUUACCAAGAAGACUUAAAGAGAAAAGAUGAGGAUGAGAGUGAUGCCAGAGAAGGAGUUCUCAAGAUGGCACUGCACUUCUUAUUGGACAUGGAGAGAACGGAUCUUGCUGACAAACUGAAAGAACAUGAGCUGGAUGUACUUUGUCUGGCUGAACUGAGAAAACAUCUCAAGAACAAGUACAAGACUGUGUUUGAAGGAAUUCCCAGGCAGGGAAGCUCUGCAUUGCUAGAAAAAAUCUACACAGAGAUUUACAUUACAGAAGGAGGAAAUGGGAAAAUAAAUGAAGAGCAUGAAGUCAGGCAGAUUGAGUCCAUAUCCAAAAGACCAGUUGGAAGGGAGAAUCAAAUCAAAUGCAGUGACAUAUUCAAGCCCUUACGUGGUCAGGACAAGCCAAGCAGAAGGGUGAUGACAAAGGGGGUAGCUGGCAUUGGUAAAACCAUCUCCAUUCAGAAGUACAUCCUGGACUGGGCGGAGGGAAAAGACAACAAAGAGAUCCAAUUCAUUUUCCCAUUGCCUUUUCGGGAGCUCAACCUCAUGAGAGGCACACAGCUCUCUUUGAUGGAUCUCCUUCACCACUUCUUUCCAGAGCUGAAGCAGUUAACCUUUGACAGUCAAGAGAAGUACAAAUUACUGUUCAUCUUUGACGGUCUGGAUGAAUGUCGACUUGAACUAAACUUUCAGGAGAAUGAAAGUUGGACCGAUGUGAAUGAUGUCACUUCUUUGGAUGUACUCCUCACAAAUCUCAUAAAUGGAAAUCUGCUUCCCUCUGCUCUACUGUGGAUCACCUCCAGACCAGCAGCAGCCAGUCAGAUUCCACCCGAUUGUGUUGACCUUGUCACAGAGAUACAGGGGUUCAAUGACACACAGAAGGAGGAGUACUUCAGCAACAGGUUCAAUGAUGACAGUUUUGUAAGCACAAUAAUGUCUCACAUUAAAUCAUCAAGGAGUCUCCACAUCAUGUGCCACAUACCAGUGUUUUGCUGGAUCACCGCUUACGUUCUUGUGGUGAUUCUUGGCUCUUUAGGAGGACGGCAGCUUCCAAAAACGUUGACAGAGAUGUACACAUAUUUCCUGAUUUUCCAAACAAAGCAGGCAAAUGAAAAGUUUGGCAAUGUGCAUGACCUUAAGCCACAAUGGAACAAGAAUCUUAUCCUUGCACUUGGAAAACUAGCCUACGAACAGUUGGAGAAGGGAAACGUGAUCUUCUAUGAAGAUGACCUGAGAGAGUGUGGCAUUGAUAUCAGAGAAGCAGCAGUAUUCUCUGGUGUCUGCACCCAGAUCUUCCGACAGGAAUCUGCAAUUUCUCAAGCAACAGUGUUCUGCUUUGUCCACCUGAGUAUCCAGGAGUAUCUUGCAGCUCUGUAUGUGUUUCUGAUGAUGGCAACCGAAAAGAAAAAUGUGAUGUCCAACCACCAACGUUAUCAGCGUUGGACACAACUUUUCGGAAAACAAUCCAUACCCAUCUUACACAAGAAUGCUGUGGACAAAGCUUUGGAGUAUGAAGAUGGACGUUUUGACCUCUUCCUCCGGUUCCUUCUUGGUCUUUCUCUGGAGUCCAACCAGACUCUCCUGCAUGGCCUUCUGCAGAGAGGAGAAAGGCAUAUUGGCAAUGCUGAAACAAUCAGCUACAUUAAGGAGAAGAUCAAGGACGUCCAUUCAUCAGAGAGGAUGAUCAACCUCUUCCACUGCCUGAAUGAACUGAAUGACCGCUCCUUAGUUGAGGACAUCCAGAGGUUCCUGAGUACAGGGACACUUUCUGAAGCCCAGCUCUCACCUGGCCAGUGGUCGGCUCUAGUGUUUGUGCUGCUGACAUCAGACCAGAAGCUGGACGUGUUUGACCUGAAGAAGUAUGUCAGGUCUGAUGAAGGUCUCCAGAGGCUGAAGCCAGUAGUGGAGCAAUCCGAAAUGCUUAUGCUUGAUAGCUGUGAGCUCAGUGAAAUGAGCUGUACAACAAUGGCAUCUGUCCUCUGCAAAGCAUCAAAAGUGAAGAAACUGGAUCUCAGCUACAACAAAAUUGGAGAUGUUGGAGUCAAACAACUUUGUAGUGGGCUGGAGAACUCUAACUGUGCAUUGGAGUCACUCCGACUAGCGGACUGUGGCAUAAGAGGAGUAGGAUAUGCUGCUCUCGCCUCAGCUCUCAAAUCAAACCCUUCACACCUGGAGGAACUGGACCUGAUGGGAAACAUUCCGGGAAAAUCUGGAGUGAAACUGCUUUUGGAAUUACAGCAGGAUCCAGCUUGUAAACUUCAGAAACUGAGGUUGUUGAAGAGUGAUGCUGCUGAACACGCCUGUGUCUAUCUGACUUCAGUUCUACAUGAAAACCCUUUACUGCUGACAGAGCUGGAUCUGAGUGAGAAGAUACCAGGAGACUCAGGAGUGACGCAGCUCUGCCCCCUACUGGAGGACUCACACUGCAGAAUCAAGACACUCAAGUUCACUUUGACAUCCGAAUAACUCCCACAGGUGAAACAGCUGAUUACCGGGUCACAUGACCUCAACAAA